AUGGCAUGGCUAGUUGGCUCGUCGUAUCACAUCACUCAUGCAGGGGAUGCUUUCACACUCACCCCGACGAGGGGUAUCAGGCAGGGGUGUGUCCUUUCACCACUGAUUUGGACAUGUGUCACGGGAACUAUGGUGCGGGACCUUGUCUCGCGGGGUGUUUCCAUUGCAGACUUGGACCUCUACGCGGACGAUUUCCUGCACCUGGAAACCCUUCAUGACUACGAGGCCUUUGAGCAUGCGCUAAAGCGAAUGGGUGUUAUCAUCCAGUAUUUGCAAGACCAGGGACUACAGGUUAGUAUGGACAAAACUGUGGUGCUCAUGAGGAUUGCGGGCACUCGAUCAUCCAUGGCUAUGGCGAAGAACACCUACAAGCGCAAGGAUCGUGAGGGUAAUGAACAACUGUACAUUAAAAUCCCGACAGAGCAUGCCACCCUCCAUUUGCCGGUUGUUAAGGAGCACAAAUAUAUGGGUAUCAAGGCGACUUAUUAUGGCUUCGAGGACUGCACGCUCAUGCACCGUAUUUCUGCAGCUAAGAAUGCGUACACGCGCCUAAAGCCAUUUCUACGCAGUCGGAAACGAUUGUCGCUGCCAGGGAGGCUACGGAUGUGGUGGACAUGUGUGUGGUCGGCGCUACGCUAUGCGCUUUCCAGUGUCGGGGUCACGGCCUCGGGCGCCACUACGCUCCGGGGGCUCAUUGCUACGCACAUGCGUGCGCUUGCGGUGUCGCCUAGGCACAUUACUGGUGAGACUACGGAAACGCUGUUUGCUAGGCUGGGGGUUGAUGAUCCUGUUCACAUGCUUAAAGCUAUCGCGCGCACGCAAUAUACCAGACUACAGCAGCUCUAUGGGCAGGUGGACCAAGGUGCAGUUACCAAGGACAUGGUUGCGCAGGCGGAGUGGUCUCUUGAGCAGUGGGAUCAACAUGCGGGCAGCGACUCAAGGUCGCACAUGAGAUUGCAGCGACUGAGUGGUGUUGGUGAGGGAGUGCCGUGCCCUCAUUGUGGCCUCUACUUCAUCUCUGAGCUUGCUGUUACAACUCAUAUUGGACACCAACAUGCAGACCUGCAUCGGCAGGUACGGGAGGAAGUGAGCGAGAUGAAGGCUUCGGAUAUGGGUGUUGAUGGUAUGCCCACGUGCCGUUUCUGCUUGAAAAAGUUCCAUGGAUGGCAGACGCUUAAAAGACAUGUCACACUUGGGCGAUGCCCGGCAAUGCACAGUCGGUCAGCUGUGGGUGCCUCAGUCGUUGCAGUGGCGGAUACUGUGGAGGUUGCACAACCGUUGCUCCAACAACACGUGCUGCUACAGCGCCUUGUGGAUCAGCAGCUGAAGCACGAACUCAUAGCAGCAGAAGUGCGACCACAGAUUUUGCAAAAUUGCGGGCUAUGUGGUCAGUGGAUAGCAGAUACUAGGCAGGUUAAGCAGCACAUCAGGCAGAGCCAUCGGGACAUAUGGAAUCAGUUUCAUGCUGAGAUUGAUGACCUUUGUGCUGCAUUUGGUCGUUCCAUCACUGAGAUGGAUUUCUUUCGCCACCUCCUCCCCAACAAGGGCAGCGGGGACACUCAACAAAUGGAAACCGGCGAGCCUGUGGGAACGGACGGAGUCCCCAAAAGGACAACACCAUCGGCGCAGCGUCCGCAGAGACCAACGAAGUGGCAGAAGCAGGGAGCGGGCAAAGGUCAGGGGCAGGGCCGAGGCAACGGGCGACAGCGGGGGCGAAAGGCACAGACAUCGGCACCUUCUUCCGAGCAUUCCACCGAGGACCCGGAGGAGGACUACCCCCCCCAUGUAAUGGAGUUGCUACGGGCCACUGCCAGGUUGGCACUCCGAUUGGAGGAUCAACAAUGCCUGGAUCGGUUGGACAAAGCCUUUCUGAUUCACAUGCGCACGCAGGUGCCGGAGUGUAUGCUGGCCGACAUGUUCAGGAUCAGCGAGAAAUGGAAGGAGGCCAGGGAUGCGGUGCCGCCCAAGGUGGAAUCAUCCCUGCGUGUGAUCUUGUUCAAGAGCUUCAUGGAGGAGUUCAUGUCACGACUUCAGAAGAUCGACCAUGCGGAAGUGAUGCAGGGGUUGAUUGCGCAGGGGUGGCUCUAUCAGGAGGGGACAGAGCACAAGUGGAAAUAUCUCAUGUGGGACGCAACGCAGCAGAAGGAUGUGCCUCAUCCCACGUUGGAUCCCAUUCCACAUGCUCAAAUCGUCCAGGCGGUGCAGACGCUACUCGAUCAUGCGUCGGAUUUGACACUGCACCGCUACCACGCGACCAGGCCGCUUGUGGAGACCUUCAAGGGGCCGUCAGUGUGCUUCAUGCUGGAGGUCAGCCUGCGAGGAGCGCAUGCGCAAAAGAUGUACCAAGCUCUGUCGAGUAUGGCGCAGUGUGCGGCUAUGAAGCUCAUGGGAGCCAAUCUGGUGCGGGAGCGCAUCAAGCGGAGCCCAUUGGCGGUUCUGAUCCAGAAACUGCUUCAACAGUGA